CCCUAAAUGACUCACCCCUAUGGGGGCACCACGCCUCCUUUCCCUCCCAUCCAAUUUCUUCUGAGAGAAUGUGCAGAUAUUUGAAUAAACUGUUCUUUUGGGGCUUUUUUUCUUCUCUCAUAUGUAAGGCCCAUUUGCCAUUUUGAAGCCUGCAUCUCCAAACCAAAACGUGAUGUGGAGAAAGAGUUUUCUUACGUUCCUUUUCUCUCUUUCAGUACAAAAAGCUGCCCUGGAUUGUGACACAAGAAUAAACAAACUCCUUUCUCCAAGUUUGGACUCAGAAGCAAAAGCGGUCAUGAGGGGUCAAAAUGUAUCGCUAAUUUGUUCCAACCAGAACAAAUCACUACAGAUCACCUAUUUUUUGUUUCGGCGUGAGAAACACCUGAGAACCCAUGAUGGAAAAGGUGAACCCAUGAUUUUUAACCUAAGCAUCUCAGAAGCCCAUGAGCUGGGCCCCUACAAAUGCAAAGCCCAAGUUUCUAACUGUUCAUUGGUCAAAUACAGUCAGGAGUUCAACUUCACAUUUGUGGGUGGAGACGGCUGUCCUUUCUGCCUGCAGCUACUGCUUCCAGGGUUAUUGCUGGUGCUAAUUGUAAUAAUCUUGAUUCUGGCAUUUUGGAUACUACCAAAGUACAAAACAAUAAAAGCUAUAAGAGAUAAAGCACCCGGAGACUAUGGAAAUACGGCCAGGGAAGUAAGAAUAUAUGCAAAUAUCUGUGAAAAUCAAGCAGGUAGGGAAUCCGUGCAAGGCUUGGAACCAAGGCAGUGUGUUCCCACAGCCCAAGAUGGAACUGGAUGCUCCCAGGAGAUACACUAUGCUACCCCUGUGUUCCAGGAGGUGGCACCAAGAGUUCAUGAAGCCUGUAGUGAUUGUAAAACUGGAUAUAUCUAUUCAGAACUCAUCUUCUGAAAUUUAAAAAAGAUACAAGCUACAUCUCAGAGUUUUCUCACUAUCUGGAGCCAGACAGCUACCUGCCACUGCUGCCUCUGCCACCACAGCCUCAGGCCCGACACGGAACAUGGAGCUCCACUGCUGCAGACACCUGCUUCUCAGCGACCGUCACCACCUCCCUUCUUUCUAGAUCCCGAGCAUACGCAUCUGAUUAGAAGAUAUUCACCACCAUACAUCCCCCAGCAGUAAGAGAAUGGUAAUGCUUUUAGAUUUCCGACCCCACCAAAUGGAAGGAGGGUUAUGAUGAGGUUUAAGAGGGCCACUCAAAAUAUCUUCUACAUGCGCCAAAAUUUCAAUCAAGACUAAGGGUGAAAUAAAGACAUUUUAGGACAAAGACAGAGAAAGAGGUUUUUCCAACUGUGUUCUCACUGAAGAACUACAUGAUGUACUUGAGGAAGAAAAGUGAACACAGAUAAAGGGUGUAGGAUUUAAGAAGCAUAUAGAAAACAUAAAUGACAGAAGGCGGGGGCGAGGGACAGGGAUGUAUAUGUAAGGUUUGGAAACAUUAUAAAGCUACCAUGAUGUUUAAAGUGUGGUAUUGGCAUAUGGCUGAACAAGUAGAACAAUGGAACGGGACCGAAAGUCUAGCUAUAAAUCUAAACACACGUGCGAAUUCAGUGAAUGAAAAAUAUGGCAUUUUAAAUCAGUGGCGAAAAGAUGGAUCAUUCAAUAUAGUGUAAAAACUUUAGAAUCACAUUUAAGAAAAGGUGGAUCCCCUACACUUCAUUCUCUGCAACGAAAUAAAGUCAAAUAGGUCAAAUGUUAAAAUACCUAAAAAUAAAGCCAUAGAAGUGCUAGAAGAAAACAGGAGGAAUUUAAAAAUAAUCUUUAAGAGGGGAAGGCUUUUCUAGGUAUGACUCACAAUUCAGAAGAUAUAAAGAACUGCUAAAUUUAAUUAGAUGACUCAUUUUAAAAUUACAUUUAAAAAUCAUAAGCUAAGCCGAAAGAAUAAAUAGGGGAAAUACUUUGAACCCACAUCUCAGAAAAAAUUUGAAGUUUCAUAAUAUAUAAUGAGCUCUUACAAACUA